AUGGCGGACAUGCGUGAGCUGGUGAUGGAGAAGGUCCGCAAGCACUUCCAGCCCGAGUUCAUAAACCGCAUCGACGAGUUCAUCAUAUUCGAGCCCUUGGCCGCGGAGCAGAUCGAGACCAUCGUGCGGCUGCAGGUGCGCGGCGUGGGGCAGCGGCUGUCUGAGAAGAAGAUGAAGCUGCUGCUGCAGGACACGGCAGUCAGGCACCUGGCUGAGGUGGGCUUUGACCCGGUGUACGGCGCGCGCCCUGUGAAGCGCGCCGUGCAGCGCGAGCUGGAGACGCCCCUGGCCAAGGCCCUGCUGACCGGCCAGUUCCAGGAGGACGACACGGUCGUCGUCGACUGCGCCGGCGGCGGUGACAUCAGCGUGACGUCAGCGGGCGGCGGCGGGGGCGGGACGUGGCUGACGUUCUCGCGCAUCCCGGGGGUCUCGGCGGUGGAGGACGCGGAUGCGGAUGACAAGGCAGAGGGGGCCGGCGAGGGGUCGUCCGCGGCGGCCGCGGCGGCGGCAGCCACAGGGCCGAUUCCUGUGACGAUCCCGGGGCACACCUACCGGCCGUCAAAGCUGGCGGCCCCGCCGGCGGCGGCGGCGGCGGCGGCGCCUGCGCCGGCUGCGGCGGCGGGCCCAGGCAGCGGCGGCGCCGGCGGGCGGUUCGACCCGCUGGCUGCGGGCAGGGCAAAAAAGAAGGCGCAGCCGCAGGCAGAGCAGCAGCAGCAGCAGCAGCAGCAGCACCAGCAGCACCAGCAGCAGCAGCAGCAGGUCGGGCCGCCGGCAGCCGGCAGCAGCGAACCGCCCGGUCCUGGGGAGCAGCAGAGCGCCGACCACCACCAGCAGCAGCAGCAGCAGCAACCGCAGCAGCAGCAGGAGCAGCAGCAGGCGAACGGCGCGGGGGACGCGCUGGACGCUGAAGUGGCGUCCCUGCUCCAUGGCGGCCAGACACCUGCAUUCCUGCGCACCCCGCGGCGGCGGGACGAGCAGGAAGAGGCGCCGACGUGCGCGGAGUGA